UGUGUGGAUGUAGGAUGUGUUGUGGAUGUACGAUGUACGGUGUGUAUGGCUGUACGAUGUGUCGUGUAUUUACGAUGUGUCGGUUGUCUCUGUUUCAGAUGAUGUGAAUGAAGAUGUGGAGGUCGCAGAAACGUGCGCCCUAGAGCUGGUAGAGAAGCCUCUCGUGAAAACUGAAACGACUCGCGGCCAGCAGAGCAGCUGGAAACCAUCAUGGAAGUUUGACGUCCAUUUGAGUCCAGACUCAACCACGGACAGAUCCCCGUCACUGCUCCCACGGCUCAAACGCUUUUCAGUGGACGAUUCUGAUCACAAGGCGAAGAGGAAGAAGGAGGGAAGUGAGCACGAGGAAAAACGAGGAAAACAACCACAACCUGAGCUAAUCAAACGCAGCGAGUCACCUCUAAGUCAUCCGAGCAUCAAAAAGGAGCCAGAGGACGGCAGCCAGCUUCCAAACAGGACCUCAGGCCAAAGGUCAAACGUUUCCUGUGUCAGUCCUGCUUUUAAGAAGCCACUCGCUCGAGGAGACACCAUCAAGGACGUCGUUGCUGAUAGGAAACUCAAAGUGGAGCCGAUGUGGAGCAUGGACCCGGCGCUCGCUCUGUCCAUGUACGACAGCGAGGGGAGAGGAGACGAGAUUGAGGAGGAGGAGGAGGAGGAGGGGGGUUCUGCAGAGCUGGCGGACACAGACGUCACCUGGAUCAGCCACAGCGCGCUGCAGAGACGAGACGGAGCAGACAGUGUGUCCGGACUGGGGGAGAAGGCCAACGACAGUCUGGACAUGAUGUUUGACACGACAGCUUACGGAGAGUACCGAUCCUUCAACACCUCCCGCUCAGGUCCGAGCCAGCCGCGUGAGGACGACGGGGACGAAGCAGCAGGAGGAGACAAGGAGGAGGAUGAUGAUGAUCCUGACGAGACCUGCGUGAGUCAGAUGAAGGGGAACAAAGUGAACAGCCGCCCCACGUUCGCUCACGUCGCUGUGAUCCGUAAGAAGGACGAGAGGAGGAAGCUGAAGGGCGCCACCUGUAAAGAAUGUGAAGUAUACUACGCUCACCUCCCGGAGGACGAGAAGCAGAAGAAGCUGUCUUCGUGUUCCCGGCACCGCUUCCUGUACAUCCCCCCGUGUACUCCAGAAAACUUCUGGGAAGUCGGAUUCCCAUCUACUCAAACGUGCAUUGACCGAGGGUACGUCCACGAGGAGAAGAAACCUGAGGCUCGCACUCGGAGGAGACAACCGUUCAACGCUUUAUUCUCCCCGAAGAGGAGCCAUCAGGACAGCGACAACAGCUUCUCUCUGUAGGACUGAAGUCAAGGUGACACCAAGGUUAGACCUGUGGGUCUGAUGCACAGAGGGUUUGAAGGCUCAGUGCUCACGCUGCUUUUAGAGGUCAAGAAGAAGAAGGAGACGUUUGUGGAUCAAUAAAAGUGAACGUGAAUGACCAGCGAUGUCUGUUCUUUAAGAAACACACCGAGCAUGAGACGACGUUCACAACGUUUAUUUGGUAAGCAGAUUAUCACAAAAUAAAGCUUUAGUAGAAAGAAUCUCUUGAGGGGGGGCAGGGGCGAGCUGCAGGUUGGUCAUCUGGUCUGAGAGUCUGCAUCAGAAUAAAGCAGCAGAGCUCCUCCCAUGUGACUGACGAGCACACUGCCAACACACAGGACAAUACGUGUUAACCAAUGACAUCAUCAAGAUAUAAAACAAACGGGAGAGACACGCACCAGAUCAGAGACGGAGUGUUGACGUCCAUGUGGAAGAUAAACGGAGAGAGACACACGGCAGAAACCUGGGGGGGAAGAGAAGGAGAACAGUUAUUACUCAAACCCUUGCUCCUCUCCAGCUCCGCCAUAGCUCCGCCCUCUUUCACGCAAGAUGUUUUUGUGUGCAGGAGUUUACCUGCAAUCUUUAAAAUAAUAAAUUAUCUAACAUUG